GUCUUCCACCAGCACCAUGGUCAUGGCGCCCGCAGCCUUAGCUUUGGGUUUGCUGUGGUCAGCGGCCGCUGAUGUCGUGCUGGGGCCACGGACACGCAACGGAGCGUCCUUGGUGAAUAUCGCCAAGCUGCCGUUGCACACCAAAGGUCGCUACAUUGUGAACGUGGAAAAUGAAAGGGUUAAAUGGGCCUGCAUCAACUGGGCAGGAGCCUAUUCUCUGCCCGCGGUGGUGGGAGGACUGGAAGCACAGAACUUGACGAAUUUGGCUGCGCGGAUCAGCAAUUUGGGCUUCAACUGUGUGCGGCUCUGCUACAGCACAGAGAACCAUUUGAUGAAUCCCUUGGUCAAGGAUGAGGAUUUGGCGGCGAAUCCCCGGUUGAAGGGGAAGCGCUUCAUGGAAAUCUUCGAGCAAACCGUGCAGGCCUUGACGGAUCAGGGUUUGAUGGUGAUCCUGAACAACCACAUCUCCAGAUCAGGUUGGUGUUGCAACGUGCUGCAAGACGAAGGCUUUUGGUACACCGAGCGCUUUCCCGAGGAGAAGUGGAUGGAAAGUCUGCUGGACAUGACUCGGCGCUUCCGGAACAAUAGCCUGGUGGUCGCCUUCGACCUGCGAAAUGAGCCCCACGACAUCCCAGGUCGUUGGAUGACCUGGGGCGAUGGCAAUCCGGCCACCGACUGGGCCUAUGCGGCGGAACGUGCAGGCAAUGCCGUCCUGGAUGUGAAUCCCAAUCUCCUGAUUGUGGUGAGUGCCCUGUGCUUCUGCAUGGACCUGAGACCUGUGAAGAGACAUCCGAUCAAGUUCAAGCUUCCUGGGCGUUUGGUCUAUGAGACACACAACUACAUUGAGUUUCAAAUUGCCACCCUCUUCUCCAACAACUUCUUCUCGUGGAAAGAGGUGGCCACUCUGUCCACUUACAUCUUGGUGGCGCUGGUGGUCCUGGAUUUGGCCUUCCUGUACGUUUGGCGCAGGAUCGGCCGACCUUGGCCUAGAAAAUCCACGUUGUUGGCUCUGAUCUCCGGCUGGGCAUCUUUCUUCUUUGCAGUGGUGGCAGCUGUUUGCGGCUUUGGCUUUCACUUCUACCUGCAGUACUGCUCCUAUGUGGCUUGGUACUACUUCCUGCCCUACACGAUCCUCUGUGCGAUCGCUGCCCUGGUGCUGUUCCUCCUGGGCUUUUGGGCCGCGAAGUUCGGGUUGAGGGUGAUCGCAACAAGUGACGAUUGCGCCAUGUUACCGGAAGUCUGUGAAGAUGUUUGCGACGAUGACGAUGUGCCCAGCGAGGGCAAUGGCCUGACGAGCUCUGAUGAGGAAUGUGACGGCGUGAAAUGUCGAGUUUACCAAGCUGAAAAUGGCCAGGGCGUGCGAAGUGCCAAGGUGAGACGGGUGCCCGGCUUCUCUUGUGAACCAGGCUGCCAAUCCAUAUGGCUGGCGCAAGAGUAUUGCGUGGGCCCCCGCAGGCGCCUCCCUCCUUUAUCGCAAGCCGAAGCGCCCACCUGGGACCAAGGUCUACUUCUUCUCCUUCACAUUUUCAUGUUUCUCUUUGUAUCCACUUUGUUGACCAUCGGCCUGGUGACCUUCGCGCGCCUGGCGGACACCUAUUGGUACAUGAGGUGUUUUAUGGCCAAGUUGGCAGGGAAGCGUGUGGUGCUGUCCGGCUGUGGCGGCGGCAGCGACGUCUUGGGUACCUCAGUGAUCUACGCGCAAAUUAAGGAUGUCGCCAAGCAGGUGAUUUUCUUUAGCUUGACCUUCACCAGCGAUGCCAUCCUCAACAAGACUUGUCAAAAGGCUGGUCCUCCUGAUGGCGUGCCAUUGAUUGAGGACUACAAUGAGGCGGAGCAUGGAGAUGAUGGGCCAGGGCCAGAUGAGCUGGUUGUGCAAGGGAGAUUGGUGCUCCAAUCUGAAACUGGCCUUGUCCCUGCUGCCCAAGCUGCCCAAACUGCUGCUGCCCAGCGCCAGCGAAUGGAUAUCGCAGAGAGCGUGAAGCAAGCUGUUGGCGGCACCUUUGGCUUGCGAAUGGAAGGUUUGACCCUGCAGCCCAGCGAAGCCAACAUUGUGGAGGAAGCCCGCGAUUUGCUGCAGCUGAUUCCUCCGUACAAUAGCAUUCCAAAGAAAUUCUCUUUGUCUGCCAUUGUGCGUGAGCUCCUCCAGCGGUUCUCAGAGGCCAGUCCCUGCGGUGGUGGAGCGCUUCUGUGCAACAUCUUCAUCUUACCCUUCUCUAUGAACGGUGCUGCCAGGGGAUACCAGCUUCUCGAGCCAGAUGAGGAUGGGGAGCAUUGA